AUGGCGUGCGAGCUGGAGGAUGAUCCUGUCUCUGGUUCUUGUUACUCUCCUUCAAACAGCGCCACUGCCGGUGCCACAAGCUCGUCAUCUAGUAUAGCAACAUCAAGUGCUGACAACACGUCCACGAGUACCACCACAACUAGUUCAACAAGCACUUCGUCAACUGCCGCAACAAGUACUGGUACCUCAUCUACAAAUACCGCCAUAACUGGAGCCACAAGCUCAACUUCCAGCACCGCAAUAUCAAGCGCUGCCACUACAUCUGCUAAUAGCGCUACAGCCGGUGCCACAAACUCGUCAUCUAGUACAGCAACAUCAAGUGCUGACAACACGUCCACGAGUACCACCACAACUGGUGCGACAAGCACUUCGUCUACUGCUGCAACUUCAAAUGCUGGUACAUCGUCUACAAAUACAGCCAUAACUGGAGCCUCAAGCUCAACUUCUAGCACCGCAACAUCAAGCGCUGCCACUACAUCUGCUAAUAGCGCUAAUGCCGGUGCCACAACCUCGUCAUCUAGUACAGCAACAUCAAGCGUUGACAACGCGUCCACGAGUAGCACCACAACUGGUUCAACAAGCUCUUCGUCUACUGCCGCAACUUCAAGUAGUGGUACCUCUUCUACAAAUACCGCCAUGACUGGAGCCACAAGCUCAACUUCCAGCACCGCAAUAUCAAGCGCUGCCACUACAUCUGCUAAUAGCGCCACUGCUAGUGCCACAAGCUCGUCAUCUAGUACAGCAACAUCAAGCGCUGAUAACACGUCCUCGAGUACCACAGCAACUGGUUCAACAAGCUCUUCUUCUACUGACGCAACAAGUACUGGUACAUCGUCUACAAAUACCGCCAUGACUGGAGCCACAAGCUCAACGUCCAGCACCGCAAUAUCAAACGCUGCCACUACAUCUGCUAAUAGCGCUACUACCGGUGCCACAAGCGCGUCAUCUAGUACAUCAACAUCAAGUGCUGACAACACGUCCUCGAGUUCCACAACAACUGGUUCAACAAGCUCUUCGUCUACUGCCGCAACAAGUACUGGUACCUCUUCUACAAAUACCGCCAUGACUGGAGCCACAAGCUCAACGUCCAGCACCGCAAUAUCAAACGCUGCCACUACAUCUGCUAAUAGCUCUACUACCGGUGCCACAAGCUCGUCAUCUAGUACAGCAACAUCAAGUGCUGACAACACGUCCACGAGUUCCACAACAACUGGUUCAACAAGCUCUUCGUCUACUGCUGCAACUUCAAAUGCUGGUACAUCGUCUACAAAUACAGCCAUGACUGGAGCCACAAGCUCAACUUCCAGCACCGCAAUAUCAAGCGCUGCCACUACAUCUGCUAAUAGCGCUACUGCCGGUGCCACAACCUCGUCAUCUAGUACAGCAACAUCAAGCGCUGACAACACCUCUUCGUCUACUGCCGCAACUUCAAAUACUGACUCGUCAUCUAGUACAGCAACAUCAAGCGCUGACAACACGUCCACGAGUUCCACAACAACUGGUGCAACAAGCUCUUCGUCUACUGCUGCAACAUCAAAUACUGGUACAUCGUCUACUAAUACAGCCAUGACUGGAGCCACAAGCUCAACUUCCAGCACCGCAAUAUCAAGCGCUGCCACUACAUCUGCUAAUAGCGCUACUGCCGGUGCCACAACCUCGUCAUCUAGUACAGCAACAUCAAGCGUUGACAACACGUCCACGAGUAGCACCACAACUGGCUCAACAAGCUCUUCAUCUACUGCUGCAACAUCAAAUACUGGUACAUCGUCUACUAAUACAGCCAUGACUGGAGCCACAAGCUCAACUUCCAGCACCGCAAUAUCAAGCGCUGCCACUACAUCUGCUAAUAGCGCUACUGCCGGUGCCACAACCUCGUCAUCUAGUACAGCAACAUCAAGCGUUGACAACACGUCCACGAGUAGCACCACAACUGGCUCAACAAGCUCUUCGUCUACUGCCGCAACUUCAAGUAGUGGUACCUCUUCUACAAAUACCGCCAUGACUGGAGCCACAAGCUCAACUUCCAGCACCGCAAUAUCAAGCGCUGCCACUACAUCUGCUAAUAGCGCUACUGCUGGUGCCACAAGCUCGUCAUCUAGUACAGCAACAUCAAGCGCUGACAACACGUCCACGAGUUCCACAACAACUGGUUCAACAAGCUCUUCGUCUACUGCUGCAACAUCAAAUACUGGUACAUCGUCUACUAAUACAGCCAUGACUGGAGCCACAAGCUCAACUUCCAGCACCGCAAUAUCAAGCGCUGCCACUACAUCUGCUAAUAGCGCUACUGCCGGUGCCACAAGCUCGUCAUCUAGUACAGCAACAUCAAGCGUUGACAACACGUCCACGAGUAGCACCACAACUGGUUCAACAAGCUCUUCGUCUACUGCUGCAACAUCAAAUACUGGUACAUCGUCUACUAAUACAGCCAUGACUGGAGCCACAAGCUCAACUUCCAGCACCGCAAUAUCAAGCGCUGCCACUACAUCUGCUAAUAGCGCUACUGCCGGUGCCACAACCUCGUCAUCUAGUACAGCAACAUCAAGCGUUGACAACACGUCCACGAGUAGCACCACAACUGGUGCAACAAGCUCUUCGUCUACUGCUGCAACUUCAAAUACUGGUACAUCGUCUACUAAUACAGCCAUGACUGGAGCCACAAGCUCAACUUCCAGCACCGCAAUAUCAAGCGCUGCCACUACAUCUGCUAAUAGCGCUACUGCCGGUGCCACAACCUCGUCAUCUAGUACAGCAACAUCAAGCGUUGACAACACGUCCACGAGUAGCACCACAACUGGUGCAACAAGCUCUUCGUCUACUGCUGCAACUUCAAAUACUGGUACAUCGUCUACUAAUACAGCCAUGACUGGAGCCACAAGCUCAACUUCCAGCACCGCAAUAUCAAGCGCUGCCACUACAUCUGCUAAUAGCGCUACUGCCGGUGCCACAACCUCGUCAUCUAGUACAGCAACAUCAAGCGCUGACAACACGUCCACGAGUAGCACCACAACUGGUGCAACAAGCUCUUCGUCUACUGCUGCAACAUCAAAUACUGGUACAUCGUCUACUAAUACAGCCAUGACUGGAGCCACAAGCUCAACUUCCAGCACCGCAAUAUCAAGCGCUGCCACUACAUCUGCUAAUAGCGCUACUGCCGGUGCCACAACCUCGUCAUCUAGUACAGCAACAUCAAGCGUUGACAACACGUCCACGAGUAGCACCACAACUGGUUCAACAAGCUCUUCGUCUACUGCUGCAACAUCAAAUACUGGUACAUCGUCUACUAAUACAGCCAUGACUGGAGCCACAAGCUCAACUUCCAGCACCGCAAUAUCAAGCGCUGCCACUACAUCUGCUAAUAGCGCUACUGCCGGUGCCACAACCUCGUCAUCUAGUACAGCAACAUCAAGCGUUGACAACACGUCCACGAGUAGCACCACAACUGGCUCAACAAGCUCUUCAUCUACUGCUGCAACAUCAAAUACUGGUACAUCGUCUACUAAUACAGCCAUGACUGGAGCCACAAGCUCAACUUCCAGCACUGCAAUAUCAAGCGCUGCCACUACAUCUGCUAAUAGCGCUACUGCCGGUGCCAUAACCUCGUCAUCUAGUACAGCAACAUCAAGCGUUGACAACACGUCCACGAGUAGCACCACAACUGGCUCAACAAGCUCUUCGUCUACUGCCGCAACUUCAAGUAGUGGUACCUCUUCUACAAAUACCGCCAUGACUGGAGCCACAAGCUCAACUUCCAGCACCGCAAUAUCAAGCGCUGCCACUACAUCUGCUAAUAGUGCCACUGCUGGUGCCACAAGCUCGUCAUCUAGUACAGCAACAUCAAGCGCUGACAACACGUCCACGAGUUCCACAACAACUGGUUCAACAAGCUCUUCGUCUACUGCUGCAACAUCAAAUACUGGUACAUCGUCUACUAAUACAGCCAUGACUGGAGCCACAAGCUCAACUUCCAGCACCGCCAUAUCAAGCGCUCCCAUUACAUCUGCUAAUAGCGCUACUGCCGGUGCCACAACCUCGUCAUCUAGUACAGCAACAUCAAGCGUUGACAACACGUCCACGAGUAGCACCACAACUGGCUCAACAAGCUCUUCGUCUACUGCCGCAACUUCAAGUAGUGGUACCUCUUCUACAAAUACCGCCAUGACUGGAGCCACAAGCUCAACUUCCAGCACCGCAAUAUCAAGCGCUGCCACUACAUCUGCUAAUAGUGCCACUGCUGGUGCCACAAGCUCGUCAUCUAGUACAGCAACAUCAAGCGCUGAGAACACGUCCACGAGUUCCACAACAACUGGUGCAACAAGCUCUUCGUCUACUGCUGCAACUUCAAAUACUGGUACAUCGUCUACUAAUACAGCCAUGACUGGAGCCACAAGCUCGACUUCCAGCACCGCAAUAUCAAGCGCUGCCACUACGUCUGCUAAUAGCGCUACUGCCGGUGCCACAACCUCGUCAUCUAGUACAGCAACAUCAAGCGUUGACAACACGUCCACGAGUAGCACCACAACUGGUUCAACAAGCUCUUCGUCUACUGCUGCAACAUCAAAUACUGGUACAUCGUCUACUAAUACAGCCAUGACUGGAGCCACAAGCUCAACUUCCAGCACCGCAAUAUCAAGCGCUGCCACCACAUCUGCUAAUAGCGCUACUGCCGGUGCCACAACCUCGUCAUCUAGUACAGCUACAUCAAGCGUUGACAACACGUCCACGAGUAGCACCACAACUGGCUCAACAAGCUCUUCGUCUACUGCCGCAACUUCAAGUAGUGGUACCUCUUCUACAAAUACCGCCAUGACUGGAGCCACAAGCUCAACUUCCAGCACCGCAAUAUCAAGCGCUGCCACUACAUCUGCUAAUAGUGCCACUGCUGGUGCCACAAGCUCGUCAUCUAGUAUAGCAACAUCAAGCGCUGACAACACGUCCACGAGUUCCACAACAACUGGUGCAACAAGCUCUUCGUCUACUGCUGCAACUUCAAAUACUGGUACAUCGUCUACUAAUACAGCCAUGACUGGAGCCACAAGCUCGACUUCCAGCACCGCAAUAUCAAGCGCUGCCACUACAUCAGCUAAUAGCGCUACAGCCGAUGCCACAAGCUCGACAUCUAGUACAGCAACAUCAAGUGCUGACAACACGGCCUCGAGUACCACAACAACUGGUUCAACAAGCACUUCGUCUACUGCCGCAACAAGUACUGCUACAUCGUCUACAAAUACCGCAAUGACUGGAGCCACAAGCUCAACGUCCAGCACCGCAAUAUCAAGCGCUUCCACUACAUCUGCUAAUAGCGCUAAUACCGGUGCCACAGACUCGUCAUCUACUACAUCAACAUCAAAUAUUAACUCACCAUCAUCUUAUAUCGCUUAUUCAAAUACUCCUAGCAACUUGUCUUUAGUUGCAGAACCUAUUUUUACAAAUUCUAAUGAAACUUCAAAAAGUCUUUGUUGA